GAGAAGGUGUGGUAUAGCCGUGGAGCAACCUAAAGCUUCACCCACCGUUAACGUAAGGAACAGCACGGAAUUGAUAGACAUGCGUACUCUAUACCCAACCGUCGCUGCUCCUCUUUCUCUUUCAAACUUUUCCCUUAGGACAAAUUUCCUUGUUCGAUGCAGUAAUCUUCACUCGCAACCGCAACUCGACACGCGCAAGUUAGUUCUUUCAGUGAAGGAAAAUCUUGAAAAAGAACACCAUAGCCUCCCUGUUGGAAGAAAUGGAAGGGAUGACGAAGAUAUGAUACUGUGGUUUCUCAAAGAUCGCAAGUUUUCUGUUGAAGAUGCUAUUUCCAAGUUGACUAAAGCGAUUAAAUGGCGUCAAGAUUUUGAGGUGUCUAAAUUGACCGAUGAAACUGUUAAAGAUGCUGCUCAAACUGGAAAAGGAUAUGUACACGACUUUCUAGAUAUUAAUGAUAGACCUGUGCUUGUGGUGGUUGGAUCAAAGCAUAUUCCUAUGGCACUGGACCCUGUAGAUGAUGAGAGGCUGUGCGUUUUCUUAAUUGAGAAGGCAUUAAGUAAGCUUCCAACUGGGAAAGAAAAACUACUUGGAAUAGUUGAUCUCAGAGGCUUCAGAACAGAAAAUGCUGAUCUUAAAUUCUUGACUUUCUUGUUUGAUGUAUUUUAUUAUUACUAUCCGAAGCGAUUGGAUCAAGUACUAUUUGUGGAUGCACCUUUUGUUUUUAAGCCAAUUUGGCAGCUAGCCAAACCCUUGUUAAAAUCAUAUGCUUCCCUGGUAAGAUUUUGCUCUGCAGAAACUGUUAGGAAGGAAUAUUUUACAGAAGAAACUUUGCCACCAAACUUCAGAGAUUGAAAAUUGGAUGGAAUAAAAAAUUGCAGCAAAAGUUGCAAACACACUCGUAUUAAGCGCGUUUAUCUUGGGACUUAGAAGGACCACAACAGCAACACAACAUUUAUUUCGUCAAAAACUUAGAAGAGCUAAAGGAAGGAAUUUGAUAAAAGCAGUGCUGAUAAAAGCAGUGCUGAUUAAGGCACCCGUAAUGUUAAAAGCUUAAAAGGAGCUAAAGAAAGGAAUUUAAGAAAAACAGUGCCGAUAUGUAGGAAUAUGAGACCAAAAGAAAAAAAAAAUCGUUUUCAGUUAAUUACUUCCGUUUUGGAAUUUUGUCAUAUGUUCUGACUAAUUUCUGUUGUACAAGCGGUACAAACUUGUGUUUUAAAUGCAUAUUAUUAUUUUUUUUGGUCA